CAAUUAAAAUAGAGUGGCACUCUACAUUGACGACUCUGCGUCCGAGAGUUUUGAGCUUUCGCCGCAAGAUGUCUCUGAAAUAAUUCAUCCGUAAAUAGUUAAAAUAAUAUACAUACUGAUUACUGAUCCUCGAUACAUACAUGGUUGACGUUUCUAAUUAUUGUACAGCUGAGAUUGUUUUACUUUUUAAGUUUUUAACAACAUUAAAGGAAAAAAGAGAAGCGUCAUAGAACCCUGAGGACUGGGUUGAAGGCACGUAGGUUUCCCAACCGGGGAACAUAACCUCCAAAAAAAAACAGGAAAAAGAGUCAGCCAAGAUGCCAGAAACGGAGGAAGAGAUGGGUAUGUCGGUUCGCUUGACGAACGACGAUUUCCGGAAGCUCCUGAUGACGCCGAGGGCAUCGGUGCCCUCGGCCACCCCGGCCUCCGUGCCGGGUACAGCCAGGGAUGCCAGCGCCAAGACCGCCCAGACGCCCCAGGUCAGCGGGGGCAGCCGGGCGGAGCUGCGGAGGAAGAAGAAGAGCUUUUACGCCAAGCUGAAGAAGCAGGAGGAGGAUAAGAUGGCCGAGCUCGCGGAGAAGUACAGGGAUCGCGCGAGGGAGCGCAGGGACGGCACCAAUCAGGACUACCAGGCGGAGGAUCCCAUGAACAGCGCCAGCGCCUACCGCGCUGUCGCGCCGGAUCUGAAGUCCGGCAUGGACGCGGCGGAGCGCAGGAGACAGAUGAUUCAGCAGUCGAAAUUCUUGGGCGGCGACAUGGAGCACACUCACUUGGUCAAGGGAUUGGAUUACGCUCUUCUGCAGAAGGUACGUAGCGAAAUUGAAGCGAAGGAGCACGAGCAAGAGCAGGAGUUGGAGAAACUGGUGAAGCCGAAGGAGAAGUCGAAGAAGGAACUGCCACCGCCGCCACUGGAGAAGAAGGACGACGAGAUGCAGUUCAAGACGAAGAUCGGCCGGAACGUGUACAAGACCGUCAUGACCAUGAAGUCGAAGCAAAUCGAGAGGAACGAACUGUUCACGCCGGGUCGCAUGGCGUAUGUGAUCGAGCUGGACGACGAGAAUGCCGACGUCGACAUACCGACGACGCUGAUCAGGAGCAAGGCAGACGUGCCGACGAUCGACAACACGCCGACUCUCACGACCAACGAUAUCGUGAUCAACAAGCUGGCGCAGAUACUGUCGUACCUGCGCCAGGGUAGCCGCCACAGCAAGAAGGGCAAGAAGCUGAAGGACGGACGCGGCGGUGGCGGCGGCGGCGGCGGCGGUCGCGGCGACGAGCUGAACGACAUCGACAUCCAGCCGCGGCCGCCCGUCGCCGACGAGAGCAUUUACGGCGACAUUGGCGACUACGUGCCGGCGACGGUGACGGGCAAGGGCAGGGACGGGCAGACGCGCGAGAAGAAGAAGGGCUUGUACUUCGACAAGCCCGAAUCGAAUCUGGACACCGACGACAAGGCGAACGCGCCGCAAUUGCCGAGCGCCUUGCAGCCGAACGCGGUGGCCGCCGUCGCCGCAGCCGCCGCCGUCGCCGCCGCCGCCGCCGCUGCCGCCGGCGGCGGCGGCGCGGACGGCAACGCGCCGAAGAAGGGCGCGUUGCUGAACAAACUCGCGGCCGAGCCGGAGGGAUACGCCGAGUGUUAUCCGGGCCUGGACGAGAUGCAGGACGCGAUCGACGAUUCGGACGACGAGGUGGAUUACACGAAGAUGGAUCUGGGCAACAAGAAGGGCCCGAUAGGUCGCUGGGACUUCGACACGCCCGAGGAGUACAGCGAGUACAUGAACAACAAGGAGGCGCUGCCCAAGGCGGCCUUUCAGUACGGCGUGAAGAUGGCCGACGGCAGGCGCACCAGGAAGUACAACAAGGAGAAGAACGAGAAGGCGGAACUCGAUCGCGAGUGGCAGAAGAUCCAGAAUAUUAUGAACAAGAGGAAACCGACGACGGCGAUCGACGGCGCGUCCGAAUUCAAAGUACCACGCUAUUGAGCGUUCGACUUGUGAAUUUUUCGUAUUUUUCGAUUUAUCGCCUGGAUGCGAUCCGAAGAAUUUGAAAUUGUCACCUUGAAUUGUUACGCGUUGGACGUUGGUCGAAGAAAAAUCGCUUUGUCAUCAGAAGCGAAUUUUCUUUUGUUUGUAUAAAUGUAGUGAAGUUCUUUCGCGAAGGAAUUUUGGAAAAUUACACAAUGCUAUGCCAAUCGCGACAAAAAGAUUUUUUAAUUGUACGAAUUAUCAGAUAUCAGAUAAGCCGCUUUCCUUUUGGGAAAUACAAAUCAACAGAUUAACAUACUCGAGCACCCUCGAUCUUUAUAUCGCGUGUAUAUAUAGUCAAACGAAGUGCUACUAGUUAGUUUACGGAUGCGUUUUAUGUUCAAUCGAACAAAGACACUUUUUCUGAGAAAAAUCGAAGAUUGAGUUCGAAUAAAAUCGUACAUGGAGAGUGAUUAGCUAAGUGAAAAAUAGUCCCAACGGGAAUCAACUUAAAUAUGAAAAUUGUAUAUGUUGUAUCAUAGAUAUAUAAUA